UUUGAGUUUGUAAGUCCUAUUUUAUACAAUGAGUUUAUGAAAUAAUUUGUUGAAAAUGUGGACAAUUCUGCUGAGCUGUCUCCCUUUUAAGUUCCUCCUCCCUCCUUUGUCCAGGUAUUUGUGGCAAUUCCUCAGCUUGGGAUUCAUCCAUCCAAAGCUGGGCUGCAAAAAUCUGCGACCUGGCUUGUUAUCCAACCUGCAGCAGGGGGGUGAAAUGCCCUCUCCACUGAAACUCAUGGGAAAUGUGAUACCGAUGUCACAGAAGCUACAUUUUCAUAUUUGCUAAGCUUGAGUGGAAAGGAUAAGUUUGCUAUAACCUGGUUAUCUUAAUGGUGCACAUUUUAGAAAAAUAUAGAGUUUGCUGGGGGAGGUGUUGCUUUGUAUUUGUUUUUCAGCUAAUUCUGUUAUAUGGUUAUUGUCUAUAUGUGGCUGAUACUGCCUUUAACGUAUAAUCAUAGAAUCAUUUAGGUUGGAAAAGACCUGUAAGAUCAUCAGUGAAUGAGGCGUAGCCACAAAUUCUACAUGGUUGAAUUCAGGAUAACAUUUUAUUUUUUUGAUGAAAGGAAGGGUUAAGCACACCCAGUUUCUGGCCAUGUUGUCCCUGGUAAGUGUUAUACUUCAUGUAAAUUCCUACUUCUCCUUAGGAUAUUUUUUGACGCACAAGUACAAUGCAAACUGAACCACAGCUUAUUGAAUGCAAUGUUUGCAACAGGCCAAGAAUUUGGCUUCUCUUCAGUUUCUUUUUUUAAUAGUGUUUUUCAGACUGGGUGGUGUUUGGAGAGCUUGGCACCCAAACAGAAGCCUAAAAAUAAAGCAAGGCCUGUACAUUUUAGCAUGGCCGUUUAAUAAUAAUUUAUCACUUGGGAAUGACAGUUGGAAAGCUGGGAUGGCAAAGCUGCUGUGUGCUACCACAUGCCGCUCUCUUGCUAUAUUCAUAGUGGCCACAGUGUUUUUCUUGUCUUUUUCAGAAUAUUUUCUUCUUACCCAGCUUUCCUUCCACACCCUGGGCAUCUUCUGCUUUCCAGGGGAACACGUGUGCAUUUGAACUAUAGGGUAUUUGUCUUUGUUUGAUGGUGCAACUAAGAAUUCUGUUCUCUUUGCAUUUUUCAGCUCAGGUGCAAGAUGAAACUGAGUUCAGGAGAGGUUUCCUUUAGCCGCUAGACUGCUGCAUGCUCCAGGCUCUUCUGUUAAAAGCAAUUGUAAAGGCGUAUCAAACAGUGAAAUAGCAUUCACUAGAUAUCAAGAGAAUGAAAUCUCCUUCGCCAGUGUGGGAUGGAGAGUGUACAAAUCAAUUGAAAUAAAUAGGUAAGGAGAGCAACUUGUUAAGGCCCCUCCUGUGCAUUCAGAUGUUACGACUGCAUGUUCCUCGAGAGGGGAGUUUUUCUCAGUGUUAUGCCAAUGUUUCCAUUAGUCUGAGCUCUGUCACACUCUGUUUAUAGUUCAAAGAGACUUCAACACCGAGCCAGGUAUUCCCAUGAGGAACCCCCAUCCCUGUUCCCCUUCUGUGCAUUUUAUGUCCUUGGAGGAUUUAUGUCCUUGUCCAGGGAGGAAAUGUCUUCUCUCCAAGAAUGUUUUAUGUGUUUCCUAGACAUCACAGGGUGUGUCACGUACAAAUAAGUCGUUCCCGAGAAGACUAAUUGAAGAACAAGUCCCCUCCUAGGAAAUUCUUGUGACUGUGAGGACUCUGUGAGGUUCUGUGCAAGUGUGAAGAGCACGUUCACACAGAGAUUAUCGUAGCAAUAGCAUAUCAACGUAACAGUAAGAAAUCCUAAAUGUAUUCCAAGAUAAGGAGUUAAAAUCUUGCGGGGGUACUGGGGAUUUUGCCUGGCUCGGUGUUCACACACAUCGGUGUUUGACCAUGGAUGUAGUUCUGCCCUUUGAGACUGACCAUUUCAGCAGGUCAGCUAGAAAUGAGUUCUCAUUAUAUCUCCUUUUGUUAUUCACAGCUUCUGCCUUUUCAGUAAUAAGGUUCGUUCCCCUCAGCGAACCUUCUAACAUGCUCAGUUUUAACUUUUUCUUUUCUCCUCAUGUUGCUUUUGUCCAAGAGGCAGAGAUUGAAAACAUAUGGCCAAGAGUCUUCGGGGGGACAUUUCUUUUAAGGUUAGACUAGGAUCACCUGCAUAUUUUGUUUCUAAUUCAUCUUGUGACCUGCAGAAUACUGUUUAAAUGGGUUUGAUUUUUGUUUUGUGUAAUAAUGUUUAGGCAUGGAGGCUUUGGGGGGGGAGAGCUUCUGGUUACCCUGCUUGGCCCCGUUGGUUAUUUUCGAUAUUAAGUUCACCAGAGAUGGGACCUCACCAUUUAUCUUGAUGUUGUACUGAAAUUCUUGACAUGUAGUUGUGGCUGCACACGCAGGAUGGUGCCAUUAUCAUGACCUCUCAGGUCGUUUUAUCUUGAAUCCCACCUGAAGGAGCAUCCAUCUCAUGAAUCCUUAAAGGCUUCCAUGGUCCUGUUGUAAAAACUAAUCAAAGUGUUGCGGUUUUUGAUGGAUUGUACAACUGGAAAUUGGUCUAAAAAAAGUGAAGCAUGUGGGUUAUUUCUUUUCUUUCUUUCAUUCCUUGUUAGUUUUGCAUAUUUUGUCUUGCAAAAAAAAACCUAUAAAAAAAGAACGCCCUUCCGUGACUCAAAUAAACUGGCAUGCUGCAUUUUUAAGCAUUUCAGUAUUGACAGUUUGCCUAUAAAGCAAGGAACUCUGGCUAAAAUGUGGCUCUAGCGCUUGUCUCCAUCGCAGAGAUCCUGGCGCAUGUUCAGUUGUGCUCUGCUGGGUUGUGCUUUAUUAUCCGCUUCACGGGACCGCUGUGGAGUUUCGUGGUAGAAAAUACAGUGAGAAAACCAAUACCUUAAAAAAAAAAAUCACUGUAGAAUCUCACUCUGCACAAACUUCUGUUGGCAAUCAGAAUUCCUUCUGAAUUCCUAAUUAUCUAAGUACUGAAAAUUCAGGGCCGUAACAAUAAUUCACCAAAAACUGUUUCCCAUUAUCGGAACUAAGAACGUUCCUUUCAUUCCCUGCAAUCCCCAAGCUCUCCCGUAAGCUCUGCUGAUUUAGGCGAGUACUCAGCAGUCAAACCUCAUUUCCUUGAAUAAAGCCGGGAAUAAGAAAGUCAUUCACUCCCAGUGGUGUUUGGGGUAAACUCAGAUUGCAUUUAAUGCCCCGCUACAAACAGAGACUUGAUUUCCCUGCUAAACAAGGUUUGACGUAUUUAGAGGUUGUUUUAUACCACAGAAAAAUAGGAAUAAUUCCCCGUGCAGUGAGCGGAGAUGAAGGCAGAGCUGAAGCAAGAGCUGAAGUGAGCGGGACGCGGUGGCUCAUGGGCGGUUUGCCAGGGCAAGGGGUUAACGCUGCUCCUCUUCCAAAAGGUGCCAGGGGAUUUUCUGAUCAAGUCUUGUUCUUUAGCGUGAUAAAUUAGAUGGAACUCUAUGAAGACCUGUUUUUCCUCAUCUACAACUUCACGUGCAAGGUUGAUUUCAAGAGGAAACGUCUCCUUUGUUUGACUGUUUCGCUGGUUUUUAAACUUACGCAAAUUCAAUUUUGAAAGCUUUCUCAUGUUUGUUUCCUAUUCAAAUUUUUAAAGUAUACAUUUUGCAAAGGCAAAAUUAUAUAUUUUAGGCAGAAAAAUAUAUUUUUAGGAUUUGGGUCAUCAACAUGGAUAUUUUUAAUUGACUGUCAGACUGGCAAAAGUUUUGUUCUUCCCGUCCCUCAGGUCAGUCUGUGGUUUUGAAUGUUUAAGUCAACUGUCGAGUUUCAUCUCUAUCCUGCAGCUUGGGUUAAGCAGAAGUUAAUGUAUGUUAUAUAACCUUCCAGUAAAUAUUUUAUUUCAGGUUUUUCGUACGGGUUAAAGGAAACUUAGCCUGGUUGCUGAACAGAUCAGCAAAAGCCUGGAUGGAAAGCCGAGUUGAGCCGACGUCUCUCCAUGCUACACUGUAAGGACAGGCUGGUCAUUGUCCCUCACUAUGCCACCAUCUGGACAUUUAUGGUAUUCAGUUUGAAAAUAAUCAAUAUCCCUGUUUUGCACAUCAAUUCCCCACUUUUCUUAGGGAAUCGCUGGGAUUUCUGUUUUCAAGAUGCACUUAGGUUUAUUUCUCAAACUGUUGAGUGCAUCGUAUCAGGAUCUGAGAACUGAAGCAAGUACAUUGGAAUCAAAGGGGCUUUUCUCUCUCGUUAUUACCACGGGGAAUAUGUAUGUAUAUUUUAAAGAAUUCAAUUUUUAAUUGAUGAACUAUAUAUUAAAUUUACCACUGACUUUCUCAGUAAAGGAGAAAAAAAUCUGGGAGCUGCCCCACACCAUUUGACUAGCUGAAAAGUGCACUUGGCUUGCUUGAUGUGUUUGUAUAUAUAUGUAUAUGUGUAUAUGGCUGUCUUUUUGCUAAUUUUCAUGGGUUGGCUCACCUCCUACUGCUUUGGUGCUAGAAGUCACUUCUUGCUUCUUCUCACUUCCUUUAGAUAUUUUUUUUUCAGUUCCCCCAUUUCUUAUAGCAGUUACUUUUAAUCUGUAUGAACAACCUAGAUCCAUUUUACCCCAUUGAUCUUACCAGAGGAGCUUGGCUGGCCACCUCUAAUUAAAUAGAAAUAAACUGUAAACCCUUGAUCUGAAUUGCAUUUAACAGGGGAAGAAACCAAUGAGAAUGGUUACAGACAUUGCCUGGUGCACAGGGAGGACGUAACUUUAUUACUUGGCUUAUUCAAGAGCUACAAAAAUUGCCACCAUUGGAAAUGAUGUGUCUGCCAUUAAUUAGUAACAUUUUCAGUUUUAGUAACCAAAAUUAAUUUAGCAAAAUGAAACCUUCUUUUGCAAGCACCCAGGUGAAUAAACGAGUUGCUGGCGCUGCAAGUUGCACUGAGAACAGCAGCUAAACUUGUAAUUUGGCGCCUUUCGUCCCCAAAAUGCUUCCAUCUCCCUGGUGUCGCAACCCUUCUCUAAUAACCCCAGAUUGGUAGGAUUUAAUUAGACACAAACAAUGUGCUUUACCUCCCUGUGCCGGCGCGUGUGAACCGCUGAGCUCCUUCCCUGGCCCAUCUGCCCUGCAGAGCUGCUCUUAUUUAACAGCAAUUUUAUUACUCAAUCCUCCAACUCUCUUAAUCCCUCUGCUCUAAUGGGCUCUGUGCUCUCAUCAGCAAAACCAGAAGGGAAAUUUAACAAAAAAAAGCCCAAAUGUUCGUAGGAGAGGAGGUGGGAGGAAUCAAGGAAAAGAUGAGAAACAGUUUGUUGAUUUAUUUUGAAUCCCUUCCUCCCAUUUCAUUCAUUCAGGUUCCUCUCGCUCCUUUCUGCAGUUAAACGUGCAGCCCCGGGAGGUGGUUCACACUCAGAAGUUCUUCAUUGUUUGCAAUACAAUAGUGACAAAACUAUUCUACUUUUAUCCAAGGGACAGCAGCGUUGGAGGUAGGCAGGGGCAAGGUGAAGGCCUGGGCUUUGCUUUGGAUUUUUUAAAUUUAUUUUCUUCUUUUAAUUUUUAUAAGCCUUGUAUCUUGUUUUAUGCCUUACUGUGUUUCUAAAUAGAUUGUUAGUGUCUGGGGGGGGCGUUACAUCUGUUUUGGGUUCUGCCUGCAGUUUCUUUGAGUUCUGUUAAAUUGACCAUUAUAAUGAAACUAAGAGAUUGGGCACAUUCUGUCUCAGAAUAUUAAAAAAAAAAGGAAAAAACCCAUCACAUCUCUAAUCUUUUCACCUCUGACAUUUUCUUGCAUUUUCAUUGUGUGGGAAAAGCCUGAAUGUGCUUCAGUGUUAGUGAAAAUAAUUUUUUGCUUUUGUUAUACUUUCUGUAAGAGGCGGAAGGUAUUAAUGUUUUCCACCAGAAAAUCGACUUUUGUAGGAAUAUUCCCACAAGGAUCUUUGAUCUCUGUGCAUGUCUGCAGGGACUGACGUGGUUUUCUGCGCUGCUUCCUUUGUUUGAGCAAAUGCAACACACUUGGCACUGAUAAAGCUCCAUAGAUAGUAAGUGCUUGAGCAAUUUUUGGAAGGUUUGUUGUGGUUUUGCUUUUAUUUUGGAUUUACCUGCGUCAUUUCUCUGAUAGUUACUUGGAAGGAGCGCUGAAAACAGAUACCUACGUGGAAAUACCAAGUGUACACAGCGAAACAUCCCGAUGACCAACACCAUUGUCCAUCACUUGCUAGGAUGUGAGGAAGGAUGGGAAGGAAACUUAUGUUUUAUCAGUUUAUUUUAUCUAGAGUAAUUGAUCUUUCUUAAUAGCUGGAUUUUGGGGUUUUCGUGUGUCUGAGAGACACAAGGUUUCCUCAUGAGGGGGAAAUUCAGGAGGAGUUCCCAGGCUGGAGGUGGCAGUUGCUGCCACUGUGCCACUGCUGCCCAAAGUGACUAAACGUGCGGCUCCUGCUCUAAAUUACCACCAACCCCCGUUUCAUCACAGGGUACGUAGCUUUUUCGUUUCCAUUCUCAGUUUUUGUCCUUUACUGUGUCCAGAGAAAUACACGAUGGCGAUGGGGUCUGUGAUGUAUCUAGGAUGCUGGUUCUGGGGAGGAAAUGGAAGCUGUAGCAUGUGAGUUUUGACUAUUAAUACAAUGACUGUGCUUGAGGUGUGCUACAAACCUUCAGAGCAGGCUAAGCUCCGCUUUUUUCAGGUCUCUCUGUCAGUCUGCACAGACCUGAGCAAGACGAUGGCAAAUGGACAGUGGCGGAUACAGGACUGUCACUUGGGAAGCGUUUGGCUCAGAAAUCGGGUGACAGUGGCAGCUCUGUCACCCUGCACAGCCAUCCAUGGAGCGGGAGAACGUGUUCUCUGUGUCGCAGCUCCUAAUGGCUGAGGGUUGAGUUGGGUAAAUGUGCAUUUUGCUGAGUUGCGACCAGUGACACAGAAAAGCGAUCGGUUCUCGUACAUAGAUGCUUGUUUGUAGCCAACAGUGCAAGUCUAACUAAUGAGCGAUGCUUCUGUCCAUAGGUGGUCUGGGGACCGAGUGAGGUGGGGUGGGUUGAUAAAGAUCAUAAGAAUUCAAGACUGAAACAAUUUCUUUAAAGAAAAAAAAAAAAAGACUUGAAAAUUGUAUUCCUUUGAGACCGAUUUCUAAGAGUCCAUAGUUUAAAAAAAUAAAUAAUAGUUUUAAAAAGCUUUCCUAUAGCACAGAGUUAAAAAGCAGAGAGCAUCUAAGAAAAUACUACUUCUCUUAAAAUGCCUGCAGAAGACUGCUCUCUGCAGUCUUCUGGACCCAGGAGGUUUUAGUGGAUGUUUACCAGGCACUUCCAGCAGAAGGAGGGUUAAGUACAUGAGAAGGGGGUGGAGAGGGAAUCCCAGCUUGGAACUUGAGACUUUCCAGCUGAGACAGAAAGAUUCAGAGAUGCAGACGUAAUCAUACAGCACUGCAAUCAGCUCCUGUGUCAAAAGAAGUCAGGAAAAGCACAUAAAUAACUCCACAGCCACACUUAAUGUAGUGCAGGACAUAUAUCAGUAAUGCCACCACUUCCUCCAGGGUGGGAUUAUUGAUUCAACACACUGAUUCUGUCCUGCAUGAGCCCAGCUCCUGAACACCUGCACCAGGUGUCUGGCAGCAGGUGAGGGGCACAGCUUAACACCGAGGCCAUCCCAGACAGCUCUGCUGCCCACCGGAGUGCAGACGCGCUCAAGGAACGCCCUCGCCGAGGAGAGCGCAGCCUUCCCCUCCAGCCGACUUAUAAUGAGCCAAGAAAUUCAUAUUUCAUGGGAGGUGAAAGUGAGUCCCGGCAGUAGCUGAGCAGCAGAGGGUGCCAAGGUCUGAAAGGAUGUGGCAGAGCCCCACCGGUGCUUGGGACCACUCGCCUCCCCAGGGAGCCGCUGCCUCUGUCCCCCUCCAGGUGCCCACCAGCGGAGGACCAUGCCCAUGACGGAGGGACGGCAGCUUGCAGCGGGACGGGAAAACGGGGCUUUGUAGCCUUUCCCUCCUCCUCGGUAUCAUGACUGGAGAGACCCAGCAUGUUUACACCAUCGAUGAUACUGAGACUGGCCCCAAAGACCCUGAGAAGGACUUUGGAUGUGAGGAGAAGGACGGGAGGGUGCUCGGCGGGGAGGGGACGUCCCCAUUCCCCGUCCCCAAGGACAAGGAGCCCCACAGCCAGCGGGAAGCCGUGAUCCGUCCGCAGCAAGUGGGGAAGAUUGACUUCAAGUCCCUUCACCAUAAACCCAAGUUUGGCAAUGACAGCACCUGGGGAGAGAUCAAGGGCAGCCCCCAGUCCCCCCCGGGGAAGGGACGAGCCCGUGAGCGCAGCCGGCGCUCGGGGAAGGGUGAGCGGGGCCACCAGCAGCUUUACCGGCUCAGCAUCACCGGCACCCGGCCCAACCCCACCAUCGGCAUCGCCUACCCCCAGCAGAAAGUGACCCCCCCGAAGAAGCCGGAGGCAAAUUGCGGCCCUGUGGCCGGCAGCUACCGCUUCAACGUGCCCAGCAUCCCACAGCGCGAGGCCGAGCUCCGGCAAGAAGAUCUCGGCUUCAGCCACUGCUUUCCCGAUGCCACCAGCCGUACCUCUGCCAACUAUACCUCACAGCCCACUCCCCUCCAUACCCCCAAAGGGCAGCCCCCUGCCAGCAUCCCCCUCAAGACCCCCGGCACCAAUGGGCAGCUACAUUAUUUAGAGUUUCAGGCCAACAAGGCCGAGUCCUGGCCCUCCCCAGAGAAGAGCUUUGCCGGUGCUAGCUACGGGAUCACGGUGCAGAAGCCCAGCUCUUUCCCUGAGGGUGGUAAAGCCGGUGGCCACACUCUCAGUGUUUUGCCAUGUCAAUACCCCUUCCAGCUGCUGCACGACUCGGGGAAGGAGCCAUACCGCGGCGAUGCGGGGAGCCAGGAGUACCUGGACAUGGGGCUGGCCACUGGCCAGCUGGGUCACGGCACCUUCACCUUCCACUCGUCCUCCCGAGAGUGGCAAGAGGAGGUGCUGAGCAGUGGCUCCUACGAGAGCGUGUCCCCUGAGGGCAGGCUCUAUGGUUUGCCCGUGCCACCACCACCACCGCCACCACCGUUCCUGCACCCGCCGCCGGCCCCACACCACGGCCCUCCACGGCAUCCCGCCGACCCCAACGGUGCUCUCUCGUCAUCUGGUGCUAUUGACCAAAACCCAAGCACUUUCCAAGAAAACCAAGCUGUUUUUCCGUCUAGUUUACACUCGCCUAGUAUGCCAAAGCCAGUCGGGAAGAGGCAAGCCCCAGCAAAAGACAGUGUCCCCAGCCCACGGCUGCUGGUCCCAAGCAGCCCUCUGAGAAGGAACAUGCCACCAAAUUCUCUCUCCCAAGUGCACUUUCCGAGCAAAGCCUAUUGUAGCUCCUCCGCGGGCAGUGCCAAUGCAGGAUCUGUGCCUUUCGAGACAAGCGUUCCCACUAUGGCACCCACCCACCCUCGGCUUGUGCAAGCUUGGGAAGGUGCCACUAAGGCUUUUUCUCUCAUGGACCAGAAUUCAGCACCUUAUUCGAACCCUGUUGGAAACCAGUUCUCAUUUGAGUGCCAGUCUGGCCCCGAGCAGAGGCAGCACAGGCAGAAAAAUGCCAGGAUGCCUUGGCAGCAAAUACACCUCGCCUCUGCAAUGCCCACUGCAAACAGGCUCGAGCUGUCGAGACAGGUCACCAGCCAGAAGCUCCCCUUCCCCCUGGGCACGGCGGAGUGGCAGGGGAGUGGGAAGGCCCAGAAAGGGCCCCCUGUAAGUAAUUCUUCAGGGUAUCACGGCAAAAAGCUCUUCUCGGGAGAGAGCAUCGGGGUCCAGAGGGGAGACCCCAAUUCAACAGGCGCUUUUUCUUUCGAGAGUGGGAAGGAACCAGGGUCUCCUGCCUGCGAUUCAAGAAGCAAAGCCUUCUUCUACAGCGUGAGUCAAGCAGGUCCUCCUCCUCCUCCCUCAAGGAGCUCGUCGGGCUCAGCACUAGUCCUGCCGCCAUCAGCCUUGGUGGCUGCCUCCCCUUGCGAGUCCCCACUACCAUCCCCUGUCCCCAACCCCACCUGCGGCAGCACCUGCUCAUCUCUCUCCCCCAUGUCCAGCAGCCCGCUCAACCCUGGUUUUGAAGACAGCCAGAUGUCCCGAGCGCUGACCCCCUCUCCCUUCUUCCAGCACCCUUGCCAUCCCAAGGAUGGCAAUAAAACCUUCCACCCCUCCGACAUCCUGAGCUCCAGCUCCCUUCAUUACCACCACCCGGACUCCAUGAAGUCCUUCCACUUCCCUCCUGAUGUUCUGAAAGAUGACAACCUCCUGAAAUGUGCCCCAGCAAGCCUAUUCCACAAACCCGGCAUGGAGGUGGCCAAAGGAUGCUCGGAUGGGCUGGAUGGGGAGCAGCCUCCACCGCCGUACUCCUCCCAUCACUUACUGGCUAACUCACUCAGUAGUGCCAGCCUGGACCAGCUGGACGUGCUCCUGACCUGCAAACAGUGCGACCAGAACUACAGCAACCUCUCCUCCUUCCUCCAGCACCGCCAGUUCUGCACCUCCCAUUCCGCUGCUCCCCAGGGUGAGGCUAAGGAUGCUCCCCGGGCAGCCGAGGGGCGGAAAGCACUCCCACCAGAACCCCCCAAGUCCCCCAGCCUGGGGCUCUCUCCAGACCCACAAGCACAUUUGUUGACAUUAAACAAGAGCGAUGACUUCUUGCUGGAUGGGGAAAGCAAAAGCGAGGGCAAGGAAGAUGCUCUGAAGGGCGGCCUCUUUAACGGACUCACCACCAGCUCCCUGCCGCUCACCGCCUCCGACCUGGACAUUGACGACGCCAAGCUGGACAGCCUGAUCACUGAAGCCCUCAAUGGCCUGGGGUACCAGUCGGAUAACCCAGAGAUCGACAGCAGCUUCAUCGACGUGUUUGCUGACGAAGAGCUGACGGGUGUGAAGGCGACCAGCGGUGGGAUGUCCCACAAGGUGAAGGAAGUCCUGGCCUUGGAGAGCAAAUCGAAGCAGAUGGCAACAGAGGAGAAGGCAGCAGGCCAGCCCAAAGCCAGCAAUUUUUAUGAGGACAAGCACGCGGGUGGAGAGCAGGCGAAAAGAGGGGCAGGAAAGCAGCACCUUCACAAGGGGAGGGUGGCGCGAAGGUUGGCAGCCCAGGAACCGGAUCCCGGGGCAGUGGGAGCAGAGACGAUGCCCAAGUUGCGGGCAGGCAGGAAGAACAGCGUCCCACUGGCCACCACCUCCUCCAAGUCCACCUCCAGCCAAAAACAUCUCAGGAAGCUCAGCCAGGAGCCUCCGACAAAGAGUGAGGUGGGACCGGGUGUUGACACCAAGAGCUCCAAGCCACCUCGGUUCUCCACGAAGGAUAUAAAGAAGCGGAAGCCCCGAAGUGGGACAUGGAGCAAGGAGCUCAUUCACAAGAUUGUGCAGCAGAAGAACAAGCUCCACAAACUCCAGGUGAAGAGCAGCAAGCAGGUGCCGUUCCCCCAAGUCACUGAGAGGCUGGUGCCAGGUGCCAAGGAGGGCAGGUUUCGGGAGUACGACUACAUCUCCGACUCAGAUGAUGAUGGGGCAGAGUGUAGCAAGGUCCGGGGACGGAAGAAGCCAGGCAUGGGAUUCAUCGGGAGGACCAAGUACAGCUUUAGCAAGAAACGCCCAGGAAGAGCUGAGAGAUCCAAAGAGAAAGAUCCAGCCUGGAGCUACAGCCGGAAAAGGGAUGGUCAGAAAAGGGAGACACAGGAGCACAAGGGGGUCCCGAGCCAAGAGGUUGUCAAGGAGGAGGAUUGUGCCACCAAAGUCCGAAGACAGAGCAGCCAGUCAUCUACUGGCAGCAGCUACAGCAACAGCGUGCCCAGCAAGAUGGCCACCAGCCCACCCCGCGCCAAUGGUGCCAGCUCGGGCAGCGAGAAGCAGGGCGUGCAGAGAAGGAGAUGCUCAGGUGGCUCAGCACGGGUGCCAAGGGCUCUGCUCAGCCUUCCUGAGGACAGGAGCCCAAAGAAGAGCCAGAAGAGCAAAGAGGACUUUCCCAAGGGGAGCAGGCAGUUGGGCUCAGCCAAACCUUUGGUAGCUGGCUCCAGGACCCAUCCAAGCGCUGAACCAGAUGUUGCUGUGAUGGACGGUGCAAAGGAGGAGCCAUCACUGCAGCCCCAGGACAGGCAGCUGCCCAGCACGUCCAGGAGUCCUGUCAUGCUCUGUUGUAAGGAGAGGACAGAAGAGCCCAAAGGAGCAGAAAAGCACAAGGGUGAGACAGGAGAACCCAACCUAGAGGCUCAGGACUCACCCAAGGUGUCCACAGUCAAACAGAGGCAUCAGCUUGCCCCUUUCGCCGGUGACGUGCUGGAGUACCAUGCAGAAGAGCUAAUUGCUCCAACCCAGGGCAGUAACGAAGCUAGUCCUGGCAAUGGGAGUGCUGCCUACUCAGAAACAGGCAUCAAAUACUUGAAGGCACAUGGAUCAGGUGCUUUGGCAGUUGCCCCAUAUGAGGGGAAUGCCAUGGGAAUGAUGCUCACUGCCAAGGCACCCGAGCCAUGCAUCAGCACCAACAACACGUUUUUCAAUCCCAAAGGCCUUCCUGGUCACUAUGAUGACAAUCUCUUCUCAAAGCCCCCAGCCUUGGGCUCCUCACACAUGGAUGACGUGUACUUAUGCCAGGAUGACAUCAACACCAGCUCCUUCGAGCAGAAGCACACCAGCAUCUCCCCCUAUGCUGCAGAAACACCACAGGGCAAGGUCUCCUCCCCUCUCAGCUUUGAUUCCUCUUCGAUAUUUGGAGAGCUUCCUGUCACUGAGUUCGAUCCGCCACUGUAUGAGAAUGUAUCUGCCAGUAAGGAUGGUUAUGUGACAACAUUUACCAAUGCCCCCAGCAAGCCACUGCCGUUUGAGCAACCAUAUCCACCAUUCAUGCCAGAGAAAGAGUGGUCCCUCAUGGAGGAGGUGACUCCAAUGCUGCCAGAAGACAUGUCUCAGUUCCACAGCCUUUCGGUGGAGAAGCCACUAGCCAAGAAAUUCCCUGAGGAAGGACCUGUCCCCACCAGCCAACUCUCCCUGCCACUGCCAGACAGAAUAACGGAUUAUAACGUGACUUUUAUGAACAACAUAUCAGACGAUGAGCUGGAGAUCAAGCGAUUAGUCACAGAGCUGGAGAGUCAGCUGCAGACCAGCAAGCUGGAUAACGAGGCGUCUGUGAUCCUUCAGAAACCUGAGCAAGACAUCACUGCACAUCAGCAAGGACCAGAAGCCGAGCAGUUCUCACCACUGCCAGCCAAGCAAGAGACGGGCCAGGAGAAAGGACUGUUUUUGGUAGAUGAGCUGGGCAAUUCAAGCCUGUGUGUUGAGGAGAGGCUGGGGGGUGAAAAGCCAGUCGUGAGGAGCAGCCAUGGGGACUACGAGACCACUCAGGAGGCCUGGCCCUGCCCAGUGGAGCUGGGUUCACUGCAGACAGGGAUGUGCCCCCCAGCUCCACUUGCCAUUGGACAUUUCUGCUCCAAAGACAGCGGCGAGCAGCUUCGGGGAACUGCACCUGCUGAGGAAAGUGGCCCUGGAAAGAUGGAAAAUGGGUCUUCAUCCAAAAGCCUACCUGGCUCACACACACCAGAUGGAACAGAAGCUCCUGCCUACACAGACCCUGUGACAAAAAGCCCCCCUGUUGUAACUGUGUUCCCCAAGACCCUGGAGGCAGCAGAAGCGACCGAAGAUCCCCUGCCAUCCCUGCGAUGCCAGCAUGAUGCUGAGAUCUUCCCUGUGCCAGGGAAAGUGGAUGAAGGCUUCACUGAUGCUGCAGAGCUGGAGAAGUUUGAUGCUCAUCUUCCAAACCCUAAACCUGAAUUGAGCUUUCAGCAAGGUCCCACCCCAGCCAUGGAUCUCCCAUUUUCACCUCACAUCAAAGAGGUCCCAGAUACAGAAGAAAGACCCUUAAGCAAGCCCAAGUCACCCAAAAUGGCAAAAAGCACCGUGGACUUCAAAGGGGAUGGUGGCGGGUCUACAUUGAUGGAAGAAGCAGAGGAGAAGAGCCCCACCACCUAUCCAGAUCCUGGACAUGGUGACAAAGCCAGCAAACAAAAAGUUCUGCUGUUUGAUAUGCUGAGUCUGCCCAAGGAGACUGACUGCGGCUCCCGACAGAUGUUGGCAUCCCCAGAAACAGCUGCCAACCCUCUGCAGCAGCUCCAGCUCUUCGUUGCCCGAACAGUAAAGAGCAACGAGGAGGAGCUGUUGAUGCCGUGCUUCCCCAUGCUGCUCGCUCCUAGCCAGCCCUCCGCCACAGCCCACAUUCAGACAGAGCAGAAAGAGGAGAACGGCGGUCCUGUGGAAGGGGAAACUCAGACCUUCUGCCCUGCCCAAGGGGAGGGGAAUGUCCCCAUUGGAGGCAAGACGGAAAAUAUUGCUCCCCCAGCAAAAGAGGCUGUGCUUUUCUCUGGGGGGUGCGAGCAGCCGGAGUCAUUGGGUGCAACAGGCUCUUACCGUGCGAAACAAUCCACAUUUGCAAAGGCAGAGCUGCAAAAUAAUGUAAUGGAGCUGCAGGACUUAGCAAAUGAACACAUGGAGCUGAAUGACAUUAAUAUCCGUGCAGAUGGUGUUUCCCAAGAGUGUAAUGACCUCUUGCCACUCAAAAACACAGCAGUGACCCAACUGCCAGGACAAGGAAAGAAAGCUGAUCAGCUCCUGGAAGAGCAGGAGCAAGAUAAAAACAAAGUGACCGUGGUAUUUAAAAAACAUGAGCAAUCCCAUUUAAGCCAUAGUUUGCCUGAGAAAGAGACGCUGGGCAGUGCAGCAGCAGAGAUGCUGGAAAGGAAUGAGGUGGGACAGAGGACACAGCCCCUGCACAGUGAUCCCACCAGUCCCACCAGUCCCUCUAAGGAGGAUCUCCACCAGGAUCACCACUUGGUGCCGGAGAUGAGUGCUGGAGCAGUCAGUGCAAAGGUUUCCAGGGAAGGAAAUAGCAAGAAGUUGUCCCUCAAUGGCUGCCACUACACAGGCGAAUCUCUGGCCAACAUGCCCUUGGUGACCAAUUUUUCUCACCUCAAAUGCUUGCAAGGUGUUGGGGCUGAGGGAGGAGAGGUCCCCAGCUUCAGCACUCAGCUCUCAGUUGAGAAGAAAUACGGUGUGUCCCUGCUUGACGCAUCAAGUUCAUUUGUCAUGAAGAGGUGUCCUCUCGAGACCAACAGCCAUCACAUCCAUCACCCCACCAUGGACCUGGUAGAGCAAGGGAUGUGGAAAAGACCACCCACAUUUCCUCCCUCGCUGCAUCACUGCGGGGCUGUGCCCAUGGAGAUGGUCGAGGAUGGUCACCAUCACCUCCCUGACAACAUUUUGGGUAGCUAUGGACCACCUGAAAGAGAAGAGACAGCACGACCCUGCACUCUGCUGCACGCCAAUGGUCUGGGGGGCGCUGUCUUGGAGAUAGAUGGUCCCCAGAAACCACAUGGAAAGGACGGCUCUCUUGCCUACUCACCACCUUUCAGCCAAAAGGGUGUUGGUAAAGAGGUACCUGAAAGCACCAGUGCUGUGCUGUCAACCUCUUAUUUUAAAGAAAAUCAAGCAUGCACCAUCACAGAUAUAGUCGUUAACUCCAUUCCUCUGGAAACCCAAGAUUACCCAACCCAGGCCAUGACAGAUCUUCUGCCGAUCAGAGAAAGAGAGAUAAACCUGAAUCAAGAGGAGAACCUUGAAAGCUGCUCUGAUGAUGGACAUAAGCAUCAAAGUGAAACAGAGGCUUUGUCCAAUGGUUUUGUUGUUCAGCAGGUGCCAGCUGCUGUCGGCAAAGGUCUUACAAGAACUGGAGAUCUUUGUCCUGCCAAAUUAAAUGGCCACGAGUUUUCAGAGGCAGCAGAGGUGAGACUUGGUCUUUCCAAAACCACAGAGAGCGGAGAAAAGAGUUUAAAAGGGGAGAAACCCAAAAGCCAUGGGGCUGGAGAAGACAGGAGUUGUGUCUUGAGCAGUGUGGGCCAAGGAGAGGACAACACAUGUAACAGUACUCCAGACCCUUCCCAAAAUGAACUUCACAAAGAAAAGAAGCCGAACGGGCUCCCAGUGACCUGUGACAUUUGUUCAGCUUCUUUCCGGUCCAAGCCUGGCCUGACCAGGCACAAAGCUGUCAAGCACCAGGUGAAGAACAGUGGUGUACCACAGCCCAGCAAGACUCCCAGGUCCACUUUGAUUCCUGCAGACAAGACACCAAAAACAGCCCAAAAGGUGCCCAGGAGGAGCCUGAAGGCUUCUGUCAAAGAGAAAGCCUGCAUCUCACAGAUGCCAACCACCAACAUUGACCACAUCCCCAAGAAAAUCUGCCCAGACCUGGAGAAAGAGCCCAACGCGCAGAUGCAAGAAGUGGUCAGCAGAGUGCUCAGCGACCUCAGUGUCAUCUCCUUCGAGAUGUCCCAGGAGCUGCACCGCACACAGGUUCUGCAGAGGGAGAUGAAGGCAAAGAGACCACACUUAGAGACAAGGGGAGCAGCUGAGGCGGUGGCUGGCAAGUCGGACCUGGGACAGCAGGCCGGGAAGGGAGAAAAGGGCAGAAGGAGCCAAAGCAAAGAUCCUGGAGAAGUGAACAGCAAUUCUGAAAAGAAGCUAAACAGGAAAGUGAGAAGAAGGAAAGCAAAGGUAUUUCCCAGUGGAAAUGAGUCUGAUGGUCCAUGUGAGCUGGAGAAGAAUGCAGAUUCUCGCCCUGCUGAACUCAUCUCCAGUCUGCCCAGGGUCCUGGAGGGCUUGUGUGAGCCAGGUGGUUGCGUCUCCACAGAGGAACAGAAUGGAUCCAACUCAUUCCAGCACUCUCAAAAAGCUAAACAGUCCCCUUGUGCAGCUGAGCUUGCAGAGGGCAUGGGCGAUGGGAUGGUGUCUUCAAAGGAGAUAAUCAGCAAGGAAUCAGUAACGGGCACAGUCGCCUCUUCCAGGGAGGUGGAAUAUCCAAAUGGAGGGGAAGACAUUCAGGCUUGCAAAAAACAGGUUAGCGGGUUUGUGAAGCAAGUGGAGAAGGGAUUGGGCAAGGUAGGCAAAGAGCAGCAUCAUGGUGGUGACAGCACAGAGGAGGUGAAUGCUGAGACAAGAGACAGUCCCACAGCAGGCAGCAGCACUGGGAACCAGAGCGAUGCCCCACAGGGUCCCACAGCUUCCGUGGAAGGAGGCCUUCUGGUGGAGACAGGUGAUUUGGAAACCACCCAGAAGGUUCCUGGGCAAGGCGCUCUGCAGACCACACCAGGGAUCAGCCCUCCUCCUGCAGAGCCAAAGCGAUGGGCAAAGGCAGACACACCACCAGGCAGAGAGCACCAUGUGGAGAGUGCGGCCACCUCGGACCUCCAGAGCUUGUUUGACGAUGACUCCACAUUCUCCCAGCUCUUUCCCCGAGAUGACCAGUUUGUCCGGAGAAGGUGCACAAGGGUGUAUGGGAAGCGCAGCAAGAAACCCAAGCCUGUCACUGAGGUGAACCUCCAGCCAGCAGGUGCCAUCGACCUCUUCACGAUCCGAUUGGCUUCUGACCUCAGCGAAACCAGCCCUUUUUGUGUCACCAGGGAUGACCCUUGUGAAUACGAAACCAUCUCUGUUGAUGAUGCCUUAAUGCUAAACAUGUGUCAUGACAGCAAGGCCAACAGUGGAGAUGCUGCUCCCAAUGAAUCUAAAAGCACUGAACUGAGGUUGGACAGCGAGAAGACCGACCAAGGGAAGGAGGACAUAGACCUGGAAGAUAAUAUGCUAACCUUUUUGUGCCAAAAUGGCCAAGUGGACAGUGUCCCCAACUUGAACAUCUGGGGGAGUCUGGAGAAGGAGGGAGAAAGCCUCUCUGCCGAGGACAUGUUUGAGCCUCUGAUGGACCUUGAGGACGAGCACUCGCUCAGAGAAGUGAGCUCCGAGCCCCCCAACCUGGCAGAGGAGUCCUAUGAUGGCAAGGCUAAUGAAGAUUCAGACUCUCCCGAAUUUCAUACCAUCAACAUCGAGAUGCUGAACGCAAAGCUGAAAAUGAGAGACAUAUGCUUCUUCAGCCCUUGUGAAGACCUUCCUGACCAUGGGGAGGACAAUGCCAUGAAUUUCAAGCUGAAGCCGGGCCAGCACAGCAAGCACAGAAGUAAGCUGGAAGAUGGGAAGGUAGGGAAAAACCGCGGUGAGAUAACCAUCAAGGCCAAAGACAAGCAGUACAAAUGCAAAGUCUGCUUCCAGUGGUUCCUGACAUUGGGGGAGCUGGACUUCCACAAGCUCUCCCAUAACCCUUCGCCUCCACCUACCUGCUACAUGUGCGUCCAGCGCAAAUUCAGCUCCCGGGAGCAGCUGAGGGACCAUCUGAAGGAGAAGCACGCCAAAAACAAAGCCGGUCUGUGGGCUUGUGGGAUGUGCCUGAAGGAGAUCUCAGACGUCUGGAUGUACAACGAGCACCUUCGGGAACACGCCACCCAGUUUGCUCGCAAGGGGCAAGCGCAGAAGUCUGUGAUGGGCCUGCCAGCCUGCUUCGGUGAGGACAACGCCGCUGUCACCCAUUUCCUCAACACCAUCAUGUAUCGGAAGCCCAGCAGGUCCUCCCGGCACGCUGACCCCAGCAGCAAGCAUGGGGUUAGCAGAGAGAGCAAGAGCCCCAAGGAGCUGCCCGUUGAGCAGGAGGCCAAGGCGAUGAAAGACCCUUUGGAAAGUAAUGUCAAGGUGAAGCCACUUGCACCCAGCUCCUCUAAAACAUCAGCUAGUCCAUCUCCAGAGCACAUGGCAAAAAGCGAAGGCACCCCAAAAUCUGUCCCCAUGCACCCAGACUGCAAGGAUCCUUCCAGGGACUGUCAUCACUGUGGCAAACAGUUUCCCAAACCCUUCAAGCUCCAGCGGCAUUUGGUCGUGCACAGUUUACAGAAGAUUUACUUGUGCCACAAGUGUCCAAUGUUCUACCAGGAGCCCAAAGAGCUUCGAAACCACCUCAGCCAGGAGCAUGGGAUAGUAGAGGAGCAGGAGAUCAAGCACACCACCCUGUAUGCAUGCGAGCUCUGCGCAGACGUCAUGCACGUUAUCAAGAAGUCCUUCAUCUGCAGCAUGUGCAACUACACCUUCUCCAAGAAAGAGCAGUAUGACCGGCACAUGGAGAAGCACCUGGCAGGAAGCAACAAGACUUUCAAAUUCAGAGGGGUCAUGAGACCUGGUGUUGCCUGCAGAGAAGGCAGGGAGAAGGUGAAAGAGGACAGCUCUCUCCAGGAGGGUGUACCACCAAGCAAGAAGAGGAAGGUUGAUCACCACAGCAGCUCACCAGUCCAUCUGGACCACGCUAGUGACCUUCAGCUGGUAGAGGUUGCAAGGCCCGACUUGCAAGCUCCCACUGACUCCUUCCCUACAGCACCCACUGACCCAGGAGCACCCCAACCCACCGUGAAAACAGAAGACAUGGUGGGUGACUUCUCUGACCUCCUGGCAGAGAUGGACAAAUCCCAGUUUGACACCCUUCCUCCACCACCCUGCCUCUCCCCAUCUUUGCCACAGGCUGUGGCGAGUGGUCCGGAGCUGGGCCAUAUUGCUGUCAUGUCUAUUGAGGAGCUGGAGAAAGGAGCGUUUGAUGGGAAACCACUUCCUUUCUUGGACUCACCUGAGUUUACUAUUGACCUUGCUGGGUUGGCUUGUAACCAGGCCAUGGACCAAAAACUCUCUCCUCCGCACCUCACCGAGAAACAUGGCUACACCGAUGCUCGUAAAACAACAAGCAUAGGUAACAAAGACAAAUAUAUAGCAGGUGUCCUGGAAAAUCCCCAUGCGGCCACCCACACCAUGGAUGGGAUCCCAUUUCUACAGCUUGCUGAGAAGGUCUCGGAACUUCCUUCCCCACAGACAGAGGCUCCACCAGCUAAGGAGACACACAGGUGGGGUAACCCCAGUGCCAGCAAUGCCUCUUCUUGGGAAGGUGCAUCUAAAGCCAUGUCUCCAGAAGCUGCCCACCAGCCCCUGCCCCUGAAGGACAAGACAACUGCACCCACGCUGAACAGAGCUUCCAAAGAUUCAACCCUGCAGAAGAAGACCAUGGGUAGCCAACCCAGCAGUGAGGCUGCUCCUGUCAUGGACAGCCAUGGUGACAGCACCGAGGAGCGUCAGCAACCUGGUCUGGAGAAGGAAAAGGCCAUUCCCGAGUCCAACGCCAAGGACAGCAGCGCUAAUGCCAAGGACCAAGGCGUCAACCCAAGCAAAUCCACCAGCCACCACCCCAGAGGCGAGGCGACCAGCAACACCAUGAGACACAGCCAUGUGGAGCCCAGCAAAGCUGCCAGCAAGCUUCAUCCCAAGCGAGGAAAAGAACACAAGUCCUCAGGCCACCGGAGCAGCUCUGGCUCCCGGGAGAACUUGGAGGAAGACAGGAAAAAGAAAAAAGCCCGAACAUUGUGCCCGGGGAGGAGCGAGAGCACCAACGAGCUCAAACGCACUGGCUGGAGCAAUACUGAAUCUUCUGCCCUCUCCUCUGGGAAGAGGGAGACGCACUGCAACAAACUGGUACCCAAACCCAAACCGGGCACCCAACUGAAGAAGAUGGUCCUGGACACUUUCAACCAGAAGAAGGGGGAGCUCCGCCAUGCAAAUGGGGACAUGAAGCGCAGGAAGGCCAUUCUGGGGAAGAGCUUCCAUCAAGUGUUGGCCAAGGGGCCGUCGUCAUCACCGCGAGGUCCCUUGCACGGCCCACGUGCUGCCCGGGGUGCCAAACCGGGUAGCUCAGCCAGCUACCACACCGCUGAGUCCCAGAACAACCUGCUAAGCCAACUCUUUGGGCAAAAAUUAACUAGCUUUAAAAUUCCUUUAAGACGAGAUACUUCAGAGUAAUUUAUGGAAGUGACUUAUGGUGAUCCUCAGCUGCUUUCAUGGGGUUUGCAAGGGUAAAAAUUAUCAAAGCAUUAAAUUCGUUUGUGUAGCAUGAUUUCUCUGUCUAGCUUAAAUGAACUUGCACUGCAGCCUCUGUGAAAUAGUUUGCUUUGUGUCUACUAAUCUACUUUAAUUCACCUGAUUUAUCAUGCAAAUGCUAGAACUUUGAUGUUGCUGAUGAUUUUCAUGAACUGAAAUUGUAAUCGCUUUGGGCAGACUGAAUCGUCAAGAGCAAUUGCUUUAUUGCAGAAGUGCUGAGGUUACAAGGAUACUUGCAAAUCUCAGACCCUUUUGAGACUGUGUCUGUGUUAUCUUUGUACAAAGUACUUGAAGAGAUGAACUUCAUUCCAUAGACGUCUUAUUCAUAAGGUGCAGCACACUGUAGAAAGCAAAUUUUUUUUUUUUUGAAGAUUUUGCACAAAUAAUCCCAUACAAUUCAUUUAAUUGGGAGCUGGCCUAAGAGAUGAUACAAUUAAAAAAAAAAUUAAAUUAAGAAUUGAGUUUCCUAUAUUUUGACAGCCAUCCCUAUGAAUUUAUUUCUACAUCGUCAAGAGAAUAAUGAACCGGCUGCCAUUCUGUGACCACUGUAGACAAUGUAACCGGAGAAGAGCCGCCACCGCGAGCAAACUGCACCUUGACACUUGUGAAAAACUCUGAUUUUUUUAGGGUUGGGUUUUGUUUUGGUUUGCCUUUUUUCUUUUUUGUCUGUAUGUGUGUGUGUUUUCUUUUUGUUUGUGGCAGGUUUUGUUAUUUGUUUUGUUGUUUGGGUUUUUUUUUUUGCGCAACGACAAAACUGUGCCAAUUUACCGCACCAAACCGGUACUGUCCAAGUACCCUCAAUGGUAUCACUUCUAAACUAUCUUACUGUAUCGAGUUAGUGGCUCUAUAGGUAUCCGCUUUUUACUAUGCAGUUACUGGUGCUAUUCUUCUUUUGUAAUGUGAAUACAGACUUCCUUGAUUGAAAAAUAAAAGGGAACCAUUAGGAAGUAGCUGUUACCUGUAAAGGAAAACAAAGCAGGAAAAAAAAAUUUAAAAUCCAACUUUAGGGAAAAAAAAUCCUGUAUGCUGGUACUCCAUAGUGUCGAAAAGAUAAUGUCAUGUUAAAUGAGCACGUUAUACAACCGAACUUUUGAAUCCAGAAAGAAAUCUCAGGUGCAAACGAGGACAUGGAAGAUAAUUAAAAAUACUAUUGAAAUACUCCCAAGUCAAGGAGGUGAAGUAAUGCACUGAUGUGAUAUGAACAGUCAGAGUACUUUGCGUCUGUCCUGCAAUUAUUAUUUUUUUGUUUUGUUUUAGAUUUAAAAGGAAAAAAAAAAAAAGAGGCUUUAUUCUGUUAAUAUGUAUCUUUACAAUUCUUUGUAUUGUAUAAAAAUAUUGUAGGUAAUUUACCUUGGGUGCAAUGUGUUCUGUCAGAAGUUUUUAUUUUGAUAUUUUGUCAGAGAAGCAGAGAGAGCAGGAAACGCCGUUUUAUGAUGUUGUAUGUGUGCUUUUAAAGUGCCUCUUUAAUAUUGUUAAAUAAAGUAUGAGAUGAAAAUAUGGGGUGGUACUGUAAAAUCAUACAUGAGUAAUCUUUUCAAAUAUAUUCCAAUAUUUUCACAGAAA